CACUCCCGGGCACGAAGUCGUGACUCCGCACACGCGUCGCGACUAAAGGAAAGUUUCGCCCGUCUGGCUUUCUCUCACGUUGACGUACGUCCGAUUCGAGUCAGCGCACGACGCUAACGAGGGACCCCAGGAAAAUCGCCCCAGGCAAACGUCGCGACAUACGUACGUGUGUGUAAACAGCAAAGUAUAUCACGCCGAGACUGCAGGUCUCGGAGAAUCUCACGGCCGAACCAACAGAUCGCGGCUGCGCAUUUCGUCUCGGCGCGAGUUCCAGUAACGACAGGCGUCUUGAUUACCAAUUUGCGAACGCGCACUUGUAAAAUAGCCGGACGACGCUCGGCGAACACCGGUUGUUCGUGCGGCGGUCAUCGCGCAGGCGCGGCGCCGCAGUUCGAAGGUAUACGCCUGUUGCCACGAUCUCUGUCGCCUCAUUAUUGCCAGUCUCACCGACCGCACCGACAUGCGAGAGCCGACCGCAAUGGCCGUCCGGCUGCUUGUCCUGUUCCUCGUUGCCGCUCUCGUCUCGCUGUCCGUCUGCGACGCCGCCUCCGCGCACAUCCACACGCAUCAGCACAACAAGGUCGACAGCAAUGAGAGGAUGGAGGACGGGGCCUUCAGCCCCCGUGACGCCGAUCACUAUGCCGAGGGAGAGCAUCACCAGGAGUUCGACCAUGAAGCCAUCCUAGGAAGUGUGAAGGAAGCGGAAGAAUUUGACAAACUUCCAAUAGAAGAGUCCAAACGGAGAUUGGGGAUCUUGCUGACCAAGAUGGAUCUGAACGACGACAAGUAUAUAGAAAGAAACGAGCUGAAAGCUUGGAUCCUGCGUUCAUUUGGCAUGCUGUCCGCAGAGGAAUCUCAGGACCGCUUGGACGAUGCUGAUACAGACGAAGAUGGCAGAGUGACUUGGGACGAAGUCCUGCAGGAUAUUUACGGCAGCGAUCCCGACGACCUGGCGCAUGACGAUAAGCUGAUCGAAGACGACAAGGAGACGUUCGAGGCUGCCGAUUUGGACAAGGAUGGUUACUUGGAUUCGGAGGAAUUCAAGGCUUACACUCAUCCCGAGGAGACGCCGAGAAUGUUCCCGCUUCUGUUGAAGCAAGCCUUGCAGGACAAGGACACGGAUAAGGAUGGUUAUAUCAGCUUUCAGGAGUUCAUCGGCGAUAGGGCCAAAUCGAAGGACAAAGAAUGGUUGCUGACCGAGAAGGACAAGUUCGAUUACGAGCAUGACAAGAACGGAGACGGCAGGCUCGAUUCGGACGAAAUUCUCUCCUGGCUUGUACCAAGUAACGAAGAGAUAGCGAGCGACGAGGUGGAUCACUUGUUCGCGGGUUCCGACGACGAUCAUGAUAACAGAUUGUCGUUCGACGAGAUCUUGGAUCAUCACGACGCUUUCGUGGGUAGCGAGGCGACCGAUUACGGCGAUCACUUGCAGGACAUCGAACGCUUCACGGACGAGCUGUGAGAAGUUGCGCCCGCUCGUUGAAUCAAAGAGCUACAUGUUUCGUAAUACUCAUUGGAGAUUCGCAUGGCUGAUGAACAUGAGUUCUAGUAUUUUUCAACGCAUCCCACUCGAUAUCCGUUUGUUUCGAUUUGCUCGCAGCCAUUAGAAUUCUGAUCACGGCGAGAUCUCUGCACGCCCAUGUAUAUUUCUAAAUUCAUGAGUAUAGCGUAUCACAAUAUGAAUCAUCGUCUUCCAAUUUUUACCAAACUUCGAGUGCCAUAUUAGAAAAUGCGUAAAGAAGUGAAUUGAAGGGAGAGAGAGAGAGAGAGAAAUCCUUGUUUCUCAUUUCGCAAGUGCAUAUAGAGUUGCUUAGUUUAAAUUCUAGCGACGAUGUCAUUAUUACGCUGUACAUAUUUAUUGUACUUGUAUCGCACACGAAUGGCACAAUCUUAGGUUCGCAACGAGGAGUUCAAUGACGAUUUCUAUACUCGGCAUUAAAACGAGUUUCACUUCUUCCUUUAGCACUUUAGCAAAUAUGUGUAUAAUUUAUAAAGAAAAUCUUGACAAAUGUGCGCAUUGUGACCGAUUUUUCUAAUAAAAUAUUUUAACAAUUCCA